AAAAAACCGAAAAAAAGGAGAGAGAGAAAAAAGGACGAAACGUUUCUCACAGCUGCAGAUUGCCGAAAUUUCCCACGAGUGCUCCGCUGUGCAAGACGCCAUGGCUCAAGCCUUAGGGUUUCCAUUUCAGGUAAUUGCAUGUGAUCACCUUCUGUGCUGGCUAUCUUGAUGGCUCAUGAGUGAUUUUUUCCAUUUUGUUAUUUUGUGUAUCAUUACAUGCGAUAAGAUUUAAUUCUCCUUGGUUCGUAGUUCCGUGAGUGUCUAGAGAGCAACACUUGAACAGAAAACCAGGAUUGAGAAUGUAUGUCCUACCCAUGUCAACAAAGUUUCAGUGAGAAAGAUGGAGAAUGAGGAUGGGCUUGAGCUUAGCUUGGGUCUGUCCCUCGGUGGAGCGUCCAUCAAGUCUAAAGGUAAAAUCACUAACUCCUCAGGUACAAAUGCUGCGGAAAGCGAUAGAGGCAAUAAAUUGGUUGAUGAUUUUAAGAAUUUUCUUCAUGGAGAUAAUCAGAGGCAAGAAUCAGACACUGGAUCUUUCCAGAGUAAUUCAAUUCCAUCAAAUGAUAAUUUCUUCAAUGACCUGUCCAAGUCCGGUAUAGAUGGAGACCCUUCUACUGAUUUGAAGAGGAAAGGAACCUGGAUUGAAAGUAGUAACCAGUAUGCAGAAGCUGAGGAUGAAAAUCUGGCGGAGAUUGGCAAUAAGCGCAAGUUGUUGUUCGUCGAAAUGAACAGUCAAAAGAAGCAGGAGAGGGAAUCUCAUAUUGUUGAUUUACAUGAAAAGGCAAGGGCAUCGCACAUUUCCUCUACCGAAGAUGGCUCAACUGCCGAAAAGGGAGAUGUGGUAGAGUCUGGAGUUGAAGGUCCAACAUCAAGGGCAGCAUCAAAACAUGACGACGGCUCCAAACAAUGUAUAGGAGAUACCAGUUUGCCCAAAGUUUCAAAGGAGGUCUAUGGGUUUUCUGAUUCAGGUGCUGUAGACUUAAGUAGGCAGAAAAGGUUUAACAGUUCACCAGCUGGUGCUCCAAACUCUGUACAAACCAUGAAUAUGAAUAAUUUGCCCUUUUCAUUAUCGGUCAAGGAUGCUAACACUUUCGAUACACCUAGCACAUCUGGCCACUUGCAACUUGGAAUCCAGCACAUGCUUCCCACUGCAAAUGGCGAUUGUUCAGGGGCUGAACGUGUACACCCCAGAAACUUGCCUCUCAUGGGUGGCGUUUCGCCACUCCACAUUUCAGCAACAGACAAGGAUAAGGCAUGGGGUUUGGUUUCUCAUCCCCAAAUCAUCCAUCAUCCCUAUGUUGGUGGGGGCUCAUCGACUAACUCAGCUGCUGUGCAAGCAAUUGGACAUUUUACAUCCGAGGGUUUGUUGUACGCUGGGCAGGCAACUGAACACGCCAAAGGCGACAGCAGACAUCCUGCCAUGGAAGAGGGCUCCUCUUCUCGAGCAGAACAUGUGAAAGGAAGCAGCAUCAACAAUAACGCAAAAGACGUGUUAGAACGAUCGAAAGCAGCAGGCGUCUCCCUUGAUUUUCCAGCUAUAAAGCCGGGCAUUGCUGCAGAAAUUGAAUUUGGGGGAUGUGGUUCAUACCCAAAUCUUCCUUGGGUUUCCACCACUGGCCCUUCAGGUAAGACAAUCUCUGGUGUAACGUAUAGAUUCAAUGCAAACCAGAUAAAGAUUGUUUGUGCUUGCCAUGGUAUUCACAUGUCUCCUGAAGAGUUCAUUCGACAUGCCAGUAGCGAGAAUUUUAAUGCACAGAAUGACAAUGCCCCCGGGACGAUUCCAAAUAAAAGUUCUGCUGCCUCAGCACAAAGCUGAUCUCGAUAGCAUCUGUGUGAUUUGUUUAGAAUGAAAAUGUCGGAGUCACGGAGGGGGAAGAGAAGAGACUGGCAGACAUGAUUUUGCAGGCACCUGUUUCGUUAUUUACUUCCUUGUAAGAUAAGGUGAGCUGAUGGUGUUCAAAUAUUUCUGAUGUAUCAUAAUUCUCAUCGUUAAAUAGUCUUUAUUAAGUUAAUUUUCACAAUUCUAACGUUCUGGGAGCGUUCUGAAAAA